CAAUUCGACGAAGACGACGACGAAGAAGAUUAUCACCCAGACUCUGAGGACCUGGAAGAGGACAGCGAAGCUGAGAGCGAAGACUCCGCGCCCGAUGCGACCGACACGGAGCCGGGAGCCGACUCUGCGGCCGUGAAGCGACCACGAGAGGAGGAGGAAGAAGAAGAGUUCAAAAAGCCACGAGUGGAACAAGGCGAACCCAAGGCGGAGUGA